GAGGCGCGGGGCGGCCGGGAGCGCCAUGGGCUGCGGCGGAGGGGCCUGAGCCCGCCCGGCCGCGCCUCCCGCCGUGCGCAGCCUCUGGCCGCCCAUGGCGGAGCCGGCCGUGCAGGAGCCCCAUGAGCGGCUGCUGCUCCUCGCUGAGCCGGCGCCCCAGGGCGGGCCGCCCUGGCAGGGCUCGCAAGGGGCGAAAGGAGCUCCCGGCGGGGCCGUGAGGCUGUACGGGGAGCUGGGGCUCGAGGAGGAGGACUCGGGCGAGGAGGACUCGGGGCCUGAGGGGGAUGGAGAGGACGAGCCUCUCCUGCGGGCGUCGGGCACCGGCCGCCGAGCCGGCGCCGCCUGGGACAAGGAGCCCCGCAGCGCCGCAGGACAUACUGCUGAUAUGAAUGUAUUUUUAGAUGAUCCAGAAUUUGCAGAAAUUAUUCUGAGAGCAGAGCAAGCUAUAGAGUGUGGAGUUUUUCCAGAAAGAAUCUCUCAAGGAUCCAGUGGGAGUUACUUCGCCAAGGAUCCCAAAGGGAAAACUAUCGGAGUGUUCAAACCAAAAUCUGAAGAGCCUUAUGGACAUCUAAAUCCAAAAUGGACCAAAUAUUUUCACAAAGUUUGUUGUCCUUGCUGCUUUGGCAGAGGCUGCCUUGUUCCAAAUCAGGGAUACCUCUCUGAAGCUGGUGCCUAUCUUGUGGAUGACAAGCUGGGACUAGGAGUUGUACCUAAAACUAAGGUUGUCUGGCUUGUCAGUGAGACCUUUAAUUACAGUGCAAUAGAUCGUGCAAAGUCAAGAGGAAAAAAAUAUGCUUUAGAGAAAGUGCCAAAAGUUGCUAAAAAAUUUAAUCGAAUUGGACUACCUCCUAAGGUUGGCUCCUUCCAGCUGUUUGUUGAAGGUUAUAAGGAAGCUGACUACUGGCUCAGGAAGUUUGAAACUGAUCCUUUACCUGAGAACAUAAGGAAAGAAUUUCAGUCACAGUUUGAAAGAUUGGUUAUCUUAGAUUAUGUCAUCAGAAAUACAGACAGAGGUAAUGAUAACUGGUUAAUCAAGUAUGAAAAACAAGAUGAAGGACUUGAUCUGUCAGAUAAGGAUGGCCAGUGGACUAUAGCUGAAGAAUCUACUAUUAAAAUUGCUGCGAUUGACAAUGGUUUAGCAUUUCCUUUUAAGCAUCCUGAUGAGUGGAGGGCAUAUCCCUUUCACUGGGCUUGGCUUUCUCAAGCAAAAGUUCCUUUCUCUCAGGAGACCAGAGACUUAGUUCUUCCUCGCAUUUCUGACAUGAACUUCGUGCAGGAUCUUUGUGAAGAUCUUUAUGAGCUAUUUAAGACUGAUAAGGGAUUUGACAAGGCUACUUUUGAAAACCAAAUGUCCGUUAUGAGGGGGCAGAUACUAAACCUUACUCAGGCGUUGAAGGAUGAGAAAAGUCCCCUUCAGCUUGUUCAGAUGCCCCGUGUGGUCGUGGAGCGCAGCAGCACCGGGAGCCAGGGCCGGAUUGUUCAGCUGAGCAACGCGUUCACACAGACCUUUCAUAGCAGGAAGCCUUUCUUUUCCUCCUGGUAGCAACAAAAUUAGGUGGGAAGAGUAAGUUUCUUUUAAGUUCAGAAAGCUAUUUCUGCGUGAAGGCUCUGCAAUAACUUCUGCUGUAUACCAAGAGCUCUGACUGCUGACACCUCAGAACUUAAAUUCUAAAGACUUAAGACAUGUAUUUUGAAUGUAAUAAAAGUUUACAAUUUUUGUGUCAAAAUUGUGAAUACUUAUGUCAGGGAAUGAGAAAAACUUGUCCAUAUUGUAUUUUUAUAGGCUAAAUUAAUGUAUUCUGAAUAAGGGAAGAUACACGGUUUGCAUAUGCUGAGAAACUACUUUUGAAUACAAUGGGAAUUCUUUUUGUUUAAUACUGAGAACCUGUACACUAUCAAUUUCUUUUUAUAUUGUCUUCAAAAAAUUGCAGAAUAUUAUCUUUGUGAAAAUGGUUUUUCUUUAAAUGUCUUCUUGAUAUUUUAAGCUGUUUAUAGAUUUUCAUAGGCUAGUUACUUGAAAAGUCAUGCACUAAGAAGAAAAUAAUAAUAAUUUAAAAAAUCUAUUAUUGACAAACAGGGGAAAGGGAAAGGGGGAAAAAUGCUCCAAGUAGGUUUUUUUGCAUGUAGGGACCAAAAAUAAUUGAACAGUUGAAUUAUAGCAAAAUUCAACCCAAGUAAGUACACACAGUGCCUACUGUGACAAAAUAAACUGAGUGUACAUUUCAGAGGUUGAAAUUUCACCUGUAGUGUUUAGAACUUGUGUAUUUUAAACACAUGCAUGGAAAAUGGUGAUAUUUCUGUGUAGAUCAUCACAAUGAAAGAAUUGCACCAUCUUGGUACAGGGUUGUUCUGCCACGUGUAUAAACAUGUUCAUCAGGAGUCACCAAAGUGGUUCUGCACUAGUAGCGACAGAAGCACUGAUGUGUUGUUCAUCCCAAAGCCAGACUGCCUUCUAAGUUUCUGUCUAAAUACAGUUCUUUCUUUUUUGGCCAGAAAAAAACCCCACCUGUAUCACACAGAGCACAAACUUCCUCUGGUGCCCUGAGCAACGUUGUGCUCACCUGCCAGUUGUCAUUUGCUUUGAUGUUUAAGUUACAUGGUUGAAGCCUUGGUGGUCAUGUUCCUGGAUCUGUGGCUAAUGUGAUAUGGUAAAUAUUUUUAUUUUAGUAAUUUUCUGGACAGUUAAGAUUAAAUGGGAGAAAAAUUGCUGCUUUUUAUGAAGCCUUCAGUAUUUCAGACAUGGCUGUAUUUUGUAUUUCUAAGCAAUACUGUUGAACUCAAAAAUAAUAAAACGCUUGUAUUUUCUAUAA